ACCCUCCAGUUUGACUCCUCAGAAACGGUAGUUUUGGUCGUUACUUCUGUUUCCAUGCAGUCGAUGGCUUUCACUCGUCUCACAAUGUCCGGACAGUUCAGAUCUUCAGCCUUUGUUUUUGCCUUGAUUUUCUACGGUGUUAUUAUAUCCGCAGGGGCGCAGACACCGACUACUUCUCCGGCUACGACUCCUUGUGCCUUGAGAUCCAACACCAGUUGUGCUGAAUGCCUGCAGAAUGUGACAUGUUUGUGGUGCAUGCCAACCAAACAAUGCGUGGACUACCCAGUGAGGAACAUCUUGCCCCCCAGCAGCAUCUGUCCAUUGAAUGACGCACGAUGGGGGUUGUGUUGGGUAAACUUCCAGAUUUUGAUCAUCACUAUGUCAGUGCUGGGUGGCAUCAUCAUCAUCACCAUUCUUGUUUGCUGCUUUUGCUGCUGCAAGUGUGAAAGAAUUGGGAACAAGAAAGAAGAUGCAAAGGUGGAGCGACAAACCCGGGCCAGAAAGAGCCGUCAGAAAGCAAAGAGAACAGAAAUGCAGCUGAGACAUGAUGAAAUCAGGCAGAAAUAUGGUAUGGCAAAGGAUAAUCCAUACGCCCGUAUGGAUGAUCACUGAGAAGAAUCUCAGCGAUGAUUCCUUUAAAAAAAUCCCUUUAAAGGAUUAUAUUGAUGCCAGUAACAUAGAGAUACAUAGCAUAUGAGAAACUGUGAUUAUCUGAUCUGAUUUCAGUGUUUGCCAUAUAAUCAAAAUCAUUUUGAGUGUGCAGUAUAUUUCAAACAUUGUCUCUUCACCUAAUGAUUCAUAUUUUAUACACAGCUAUUAUACCAGAUUAACCACUAUUUUACUGAUCGUCAUUCAUGUCUAAAGUACAACAUUUAUUUUUAUAUAAAAAGUAAUUUGAUAACAUGUAAUUCAUUUGACACUGUUUUGCGAUUUUAUUUGUGAAUAAAUAUCAGAAUCAGAA